AUGGAAAUUGCUACAUGAAAAACUCUUCUCCUUCAAGAUAGAGCAUCUCCAUUAAUAGAACAACUUUCUUUCUUUCAUGAUCAUACAUUAUUAAAUCUUGUAAUUAUUACUGUUUUAGUAGGACAAUUAAUAAUUACUUUAUUUUUUAAUAAAUUAACUCAUCGAUUACUUUUAGAAGGACAAUUUAUUGAAAUUGUAUGGACUAUCUUACCCACAAUUACAUUAAUUUUUAUUGCUUUACCUUCUUUACGCUUAAUUUAUAUUCUUGAUGAAGUUAAUAAUCCUUUACUAAUAAUUAAAUCAAUUGGACAUCAAUGAUAUUGAUCUUAUGAAUAUUCAGAUUUUAAAAAUAUUGAAUUUGACUCUUAUAUAAUUCCUGUUAAUUCAAUAAAAUCUUUUCAAUUUCGUCUUCUUGACGUUGAUAAUCGAACUGUUAUUCCAUUUGAAACUAAAAUUCGAUUAUUAGUAACAGCCAUAGAUGUAAUUCAUUCAUGAACAGUACCAUCUUUAGGCGUAAAAAUUGAUGCUACCCCAGGUCGUUUAAAUCAAGUUAGAUUUUCAAUUAAUCGAACUGGGUUAUUUUAUGGGCAAUGUUCAGAAAUUUGCGGAGCUAAUCAUAGAUUCAUACCAAUUGUUAUUGAAAGAAUUUCACCUAAAUAUUUUAUAAAAUGAAUUUUUAAGACUUUAGAAACUU